UCAACCAUCAGUUGUGCGCUGGAAACGAACGCGUGCAGUUUGGAUUUUUGGAUUUCCACCAAAAAUCAGCACAGCAAAAGCAGCAAAAACAUUUCAUAACAUUUUCUAAUCAAAUUGUCGACUGACUGUGUGUGUGUGCGCGCAAAACGAAAUUAGCAGCCGAGCGAGUGAGCGAGCAAAAAAUUUAUGCGAUUUGUUUGCGAUUCCAAGUCUGUCUAACUGCGAGAGUGUGUGUGCAAGUGUGUGUGUGUGUCUGCCACGUUGCCAACGUGCCACGAAAUUUAUGUCGUUUGGUUUGUCAAUAAAAGAAGAAGAGGAAGAAGCGACAGCAACACACGAAGCCAUCAUAAGCAAUUUAUAGUGUGGGUGCAGUUUUUGCCGCGUUUUCGUGGGUGUGACACAACACGGUUUACCUGUGCGUCGCAGUCGCUGUCGCUGUUGACGUCGUCCCCGCUGUCGCGCCAUUAGGUGGAAUAAAAAACAAAACCGAACCGAGGCCAAAAGUGGACGUUCUUGGCAACGCUUUUUGUUGUCUUAACUUGUUACAAUUACCGUUUGGCCAGCGCCGUUAUUGUGUUCACUUUCCUCACUCUUCACUCUUCAGUCUCUUCCCCUUUCGAGAGCAGUGUAUGUGUGUGUGUAUUGGUGUGGCUCCAAAUUGUCCUUUAUGCCCACCCGCAACGAACGGUGAUUGGAUUCAGUGUACGUGUUGUAGUAGUCCAUGCAUUAAGGUUUGCUUCCUUUCGCUGUGCUGCCUUCAGUCGGACAACGAUGUGGCUCCCUUUGGAUUAUUGCGCAUGAUAAUUGAAAAAAACAUUUGGUCCUUUCUGCGCCUUUGUCGACCAAGAGAGAGAGAGAGAGAGAGAGAGCGAACGACGUAGCGAACGACUGCUGAAAAUCGUUUAAUUGGAAAUUUGUUAUUUGGAUGCGACGAACUGUGAAAAUACAACUGAGAAACUGUCGCGCGCUCAACAGCGGACAGCGGACAACGGGACAAAGGCAAAAGGCAUUGCUCAAAUUGAAAAUAUACUGAGCACACAAUAAAACGCCGGGAAAUGUAAUAAGCGAGCGGCCAAUUAAAAAUCAAUAGAAGAAACUCAACAGUCGACAAAAUGAAUGAGAACAUUACGUUGGAACUAAACUUAAGCAGCAGCCACGAUUGGUUGCUGCACGAGGUGACCACAAUGAGCAGCAUCAACAACGGCAGCAACAGCACAGACAAUGACCAAGGAUUCAGUUAUGCUGAAUUCGAAGAAAUACGAAGUGUUAUACGCUGGGUGGUGCCUAUUUGCUUUGGCAUCAUUGCCAUUACGGGAUUCCUGGGCAACCUGUUGGUCAUCCUCGUUGUGGUGCUCAACAAGAACAUGCACUCGACAACCAAUUUGCUGAUUGUGAAUUUGGCUGCCGCCGAUCUGAUGUUUGUCAUCUUUUGUGUCCCCUUCACGGGCAUCGAUUAUGUGACCAUGAAUUGGCCCUUUGGCACUCUGUGGUGUCGCACAGUUCAGUAUUUGAUUGUGGUCACCGCGUAUGCUUCGAUCUACACGCUUGUGCUGAUGUCGGUGGAUCGCUUUCUGGCCGUGGUGCAUCCGAUUCGAUCGCGAAUGCUGCGAACGGAGCACAUCACAAAGAUCGCCAUCUUCACGCUGUGGGCCGUUGUUUUGACCAUCUCGAUGCCGGUCACCUUUGCGCAUGACAUUGUGACCUUGCACGAUAACAACACAAACAUCACCAUGGCCUUCUGUCGCUUCACCGAUAACGAUUGGCUUCAUGUGUCCACCUAUCAGGUGACAUUCUUCACCACAUCAUAUUUGCUGCCCCUGAUGAUCAUCAGCGGUUUGUAUGUGCGCAUGAUUAUGCGACUUUGGCGCCAAGGCAGCGGCGUUCGAAUGUCCAAGGAAUCGCAACGUGGACGCAAGCGAGUCACUCGCUUAGUUGUUGUGGUUGUCAUUGCAUUUGCCUCGCUCUGGCUGCCAGUGCAGCUCUAUAUGCUGCUGCGUGCACUUGAGGUCUACACGUCGACAACGAUGUUUACCGUCAUUCUGCAGGUGAUUGCGCACACAAUGGCCUACACUAGUUCCUGCAUCAAUCCUCUGCUCUAUGCUUUUCUCUCGGACAACUUCCGCAAGGCUUUCUAUAAGGCCAUUAACUGCUCGAAUCGCUACCAGAAUUACACAUCUGAUUUGCCGCCGCCACGGAAAACAUCCUGUGCCCGCACCUCAACAACGGGACUCUAAGCGCCACUUUGGCUUCGCAAAACUCGCCCCCAAACAGCUGGCAAUGGGAAUAGUCCAACAACAACACAAUGUUAUAUAUAGUAUAUACAUACAUAUAGUAUGCUUAGUCGUAUCGAAAGCUGAGCUGAGCCAAGUGAUUGACCGACACACACACACACCAAUACAUAGACAGAACUGCGAUGAAGAUGUAGACGACAACGAGCAGCUGGGAAACUGGAAUUGGAGCUGAGAGCUGAGGGAGGCAGAUUGAUUGCCUUGUGGACGCUUGAAGCGUCGUUUUGGACGUGGCCAACCGGCUAAAUACGAGCAAUUAUGGGCUGAGCAUGUGCCGUUAAUUAACGGGCAACGGCGUCAAAAUGAAAGGACCAAAAAAGUUAUCAACAACAACAA